AUGGCUCCAUUUCCAAUAGACCUCGGGGGAGUUGGCGAUGCUGUAGGAGGGGCAGCCGAUACAGCAGUAAACGGUGCUACUGGCGCCGUCGAGACAGCUACAGACAAGGGUGCUGGAGCAGUGGCGACGGCGACUGAUAAAGCAGCAGGGGCGGUCUCGACAGCUACCAGCGCAGCUGGCGAUGUCGUAGAUGGAGCAAACAAGACGGCCGCGCUGUUGAAAUGGCUAGACAAGAUACAGGAUUAUAUCGACAAGAUUGAAGGAUACUGGGACGAAUACAAAAACCUGAUCAUAUUCAUCUUUGCCCUUAUCCAAGAUUUGGAAAAGCAGCAUGGGGAUCUGAAGAAGGGCUGGUCGGAUCCGACGUACAUGGCGCGAGCGUGUGGGCGGCACGAGUUGCCGGAAGAACCGAUGGCGAGGGCGCGGUGGCAUUGGUGGGGGCAUGAAGACGGGUAUGUGCACCGGGUCGUGGUCGGUAUAACAGACUGCCUGGGGACGACGAUCGACAAGGAGAAGAGGUUGAUGAAAGAAAUGAGCUCUGCAGCUGGGAGAGAUGAGCAUUUCCGAAAGCUGAUGGAGCGGGCGAGCGCGGCGAAAGGGAGGAUGGCGGUGGAGGGAGAGGAAAUCAAGGCGAGGAUCAAUAGGGAGUGGGCGGAGAGGAAGGAGAUGGGGCAUUUGCUGGAUAGAAAGCUGACGCGAGCCGAGAUGAGAUUGUUGGCAAAGGCAGAGAAACGAUUAGCAAACAAGAUGGACAAGGAGGGAUGGGCACGAAAAGCCGAGAGGAAAGGGAGGUAG